AUGGGUUGCGGGGAUUCAAAAUUCUCUUCAGAUUUGGACCAGGAACUCAAGGGGACGACCCUUAUCGGUUUUGCUUACAGUGGGGGCAUCAUACUUGGAGCUGAAUCUAGGGCUUCUAAUGAACGUGAAGAGCUUCUAUAUCCGCUUCGAAUUCGGGACGACAAAGACAAAGUGGUUCAAAUAUCUUCUAACAUAAUAUACGUAGUUCAAGGGGACGAGGUUGAUUGCGGAAACAUGAACGAUUCUAUGAAACAGAAGUUUCCGUACCAAGGUUAUACUACACCUUCAGUUUCAUGUGUAGUAGAAACGAUGUAUAACUAUCAGAACAGUCUCGACGAGAAGAAAGGUCCUCAAGUUCACCGUGUUUUUCUGAAAAACAAAAGGGUUGUGAAAGAACGAGCUGGUUUUCCCGCAGCGCUAGGAAGUGGUCAAAUUUUUGCUCUUGAUGUACUUGAAGGUUACUACUACAAUAUGACCACUGAAGCUGCUAUUGAGUUGGCGUUUAAAGCUUUAUUUAGAGCAACCUACUGA